UCCCAAGUACUCUAGGUUUGACCGUGAACUCUCCUGCGAUUGACACUACAAAGCCUCAAAUUCAUUGCAGCCAAUCUGUGUGGUCAGUAGCUUUGGUUCCUGAAAUAGUAUGGCGACUGAACACUGGAAGUGCAUGCGUGUACUGAGCAAAAUUAAGACGCCAACAGAUCCACCACAAUCUCUAUACCCAAUCUUCUCCCGCUAUUGCUCCGGUCGUCAUUCCGGAAAGCGGGGCUAUAGAAUUGCUCUUAUAGCUCGAUGUGUACAACCCCUACAAGCAGCCGUGGGUGAGAUUAAUGGUUACGAAGGUGGUGAAGCGGUCGCAUUCGCUGUUAAACAAUAUAAAAAAGCAGAAGUUUCCCGCGUUUUCGAGGAAAUCAAGGUAAAGUGGCCAGGAGCUGUGAUCCGCGAUGCUAUCCACAAUAUCGCACAUAGAAUCUCGAGACCAUUCCUGCAACUGACCCAGCAGAAUACAGGCAAGCUUUCCACCGGUCCUGGUGCCGUUGCUUCGUUGUUAAGUGGCCUGCCCUUCGCGUUGGGCUAAUAAUGUUUUUGGCCGAUUGGGCGUAUGAAAAAAAAAAAACCAACAGACGAAUCGGC